GCAUUUCUGUUUGAUCAGUACGGAAAUUAAAGGUGACAGAGAAUGAAGUUGAUGACUGUAAUAUGGCUGGUGGGCUUAUUAAAAUUCAGCACAGCGGUUGACCGAACCGUUUUCAAGACUUGUGAGCAGAGCAGUUUUUGUCGCCGAUGUCGUUACCAAAAUUCGUCAAAUUAUGAAGUGCUCGGUGAAACGUUGUACACAGAUUCAACGAAUUUUUUUGUUGAUAUUCGUAAUGAGGAUAAUGGUCACCUGUUCGUGCUGAGAUUGAGGGGUUUGAAAGACAAUGGGUUUCAUUUUGAGAUAAACGAAAAAGAUCCACUGAAGCCGCGUUACCGUGUAACAGAAGCUUUGCACCACGAACCACAGUACACAACCAUUGAUUUUACAAUUUCAAGUUCAGCAAUAAUUAUCAAUUCCAAUACGAACUGGGCGGUUGUCAGUAUGUCUCCAUUUAGAUUGUCGUUCUAUCAGGACGAUGUUUUAGCUGUGAGUUUCAACGCUCAAAGUCUGAUGAGAUUCGAACAUUACCGUACGAGACCAACAACGCCCGGUGACGAAGAGCUGGGUAGUUGGGAAGAAAGUUUCGGGGAUUUCAACGACACCAAACCCAAUGGCCCCGAAGCCGUUGCUGGAGAUUUUACUUUCCACACUGCUGAUGUUCUGUUCGGCAUUCCCGAGCAUGCAGAUUCAUUUGCUUUGAAAGUAACUGUCGGAAUGGAGCCGUACCGAUUGUACAAUUUGGACGUGUUCGAAUAUGAGCUGGACAGUCGUAUGGCCUUGUAUGGCUCUGUACCGGUUAUUUAUGGACACGGAAACGGUCAGACGAGUGGAAUUUUCUGGCACAAUGCAGCCGAAACAUUCGUUGAUAUUCGUAGCACGCAGUCCGCUCACUUCAUGUCAGAAGCGGGAAUUAUCGAUGUUUUCGUACUGUUGGGUCCCACUCCAAAUGACGUGUUCACUCAGUAUGCAAAGCUAACUGGAUCCGGAAACUUACCGCAAUUAUUCGCCCUGGCGCAUCAUCAAUGCCGCUGGAACUAUUUUACCCAGGAGGAUGUACUUCAAGUUAUUAGCAAUUUUGAUGCGAACGAUAUGCCCGUCGACACAAUCUGGCUGGACAUUGAGUAUACCGACGAUAAAAUGUAUUUCACUUGGAACCAUACUGGCUUUCCUGCGCCGAUCGAGAUGAUGAACGAUUUAAGGUCGACCGGUCGACACUUAACAUUCAUCAUUGAUCCACACACAAAGGUGCAGGACUCAUACCAAUACUAUCGAGAUAACACGAAUCUCGAUUACUAUGUGAAAGACAAGGAUGGCAAUGAUUUUGUCGGAUAUUGUUGGCCUGGGGACUCGAGUUAUGUGGACUACUUCAAUCCGGAAGCUCGUCGUUUUUAUGCCGAUCAGUUUAGACUCGAAAAUUUCGCUGAAAAUGCCGAAGACACGGGAAUCUGGAACGAUAUGAACGAGCCGAGUGUAUUUAAUGGGCCGGAGAUUACUAUGUCCAAGGACAACAUUCACUACAAUGGAUGGGAGCACAGACAGAUUCACAACAUUUUCGGUUUGAUGCAUGUGAAAGGAACAUUUGACGGCUUAACGAAGAGAUCCCAUGGGUAUCUGAGGCCAUUCAUAUUAACAAGAUCAUUCUAUGGUGGGACACAAAGGUAUGCGGCUAUUUGGACUGGGGAUAAUCUCUCGAAUUGGGAACACCUUCAAAACUCUAUUAAGAUGUGCUUGUCGGUGUCAGUGUCAGGAAUUUCCUUUUGCGGUAGCGAUAUAGGAGGAUUUUUCGGUGAUCCGGAGGAGGACUUGUUGGUGCGUUGGUAUCAGGCGGCUGUCUAUCAGCCAUUCUACAGGGCUCACGCCCAUUUAGAUACCAAAAGAAGAGAACCCUAUCUUCUGUCCGAACCUUACCGAUCUGCUGCACGAGAAGCACUCAGAACACGGUACGCUCUGCUCUCUUUUUGGUACACAUUGUUUUACGAGCAUGAACGAUAUUAUGCGCCAGUUAUGAGACCAAUGUUGGCCGAAUAUCCAUUAGACAAAAACGUUUUCAUGUUAGACAACCAGUACAUGCUGGCAGAUAAAUUGCUCGUACGGCCAGUGUUACAUAAAGCAGCGACGGCAGCUGUUGUCUACUUUCCAUCGGUAGAUGGAAAAGAACAGUCUGACAUCUGGUAUGAUUUUGAUACUUACGAGACUGUUACUUCAGCUGGCUCGAAAUCGAUACCAGUUGAUUCGUUGAAGGUGCCCGUGUUCCAGAAAGGUGGUACCAUCAUUCCGAAAAAAGAAAUUCCACGACAAUCAUCCAGUCAUAUGACCAAUGAUCCUGUGUCGCUCUUUGUCGCCGUUAAUAGUGAAAAUAAAGCCACCGGUACGUUGUACAUAGACGACGAAAAGAGUUACAGAUAUCGUCGCGGCCACUACAUUUACCUUCGAUUCGAGUUUGGCGAUGGUAUUUUGACCAGCACAUAUGUGGAUGGACAAAUGGGUUUCGCAACGGAAAGUAAUCUGGGCCGAAUAGUGAUUGCUGGAUUGGAUGACACACCAGCUUAUGCAACAAUUGAGACAAUGGAUGGGGAUGCGAAACGAUUGGAAGUUAUCGGGGGGAGCGAACGAUAUUUCGAAAUUGAAGCGUCAAAUACGAGCUUGGCAUUGGAAUGGAAAAUUACGUUCAACAAUGCAAUGCGAAAGCGAAUUUUAUCAAGUGUAAUUCUAGUGACUCUAUUGCUGCAUUUAAUCCAAUAUCUAAAUUGAAUGAAAGAAUUUGAAUGAAACAAAUAUGUAAAAACAAAGAGUUAAAAAGCAAUUAAAGUAAUGCGACAGAAUAAUCGAGGAGCUGCCAAC